AUGAAGACCGUACCUCUGCUUGUAUGUGCAGCUCUCUGUACCUGCCUAACAUGGAGCUCCACGGUGGAAAUCACGAAAGUCGUGGGAAGAAACGUGGUGGUCAGUUGUCUGCUCGAGGACCUGACGCGACAGGAGCCUCCACCCGGCUGCAUCCAGGAUGGACUCAAGUGCAACGUCUACAAGACCCCCCUCAAAUAUCUCUCCGGAUAUUUGAGGUCCGGAUCUCACACCACCAUCAAAACCUAUGAACACACAGCCUCAGACAAGAAGCGAGGCCUGGUCUAUUGGAAGAACGAUGUCCAAGGCCGACUCUUCGCCAAUAUCUCGAAUUUGACGUUGGAAGACUCCGGGCUUUAG